UACAGCACGGGAAAUGACCUGUGAACCUCAUCUCAUCUUUAUGGGUGGGAAGAAAAAAUAUUAGAUUUUUUGAUAGCCAGUCUCCAAUGCAUCUAAUCACGCUAAGAGUGCGCACACACCCAGCCAGCCCACCAGCAUAACCAGCGCCAACCCCAACCCCAGGCCCAGCCAGCAAAGUGGCGGUAUAAUUUUGAGGGGCAACAACGGCCAGAGCUGCGCUACUCAAAACAGUCCACUGGACUUCGCCAGCGCACCACCACAACUUUGCAUGCAGAAAAUAUUGCCACCAUGACUUCGAAUUCCUCUGCAGAUAUUGCUACAUUCCCAACUGGCAGCGCGCACAGCGACGAGGGCGCGAAUCACGAAGCUGAUGUCAUCGAGUCCAAUCACCAUCUACCAGCGAGGACCAUGGCCCACGGUGGAGAUCGACGCAACCAGGAGGAUGAGCCCGCGGAGGAUGCGGCCACCACAGAGGCAAGCGAGGAGCUGAAGCAUACCACAAUUUCAGACAAAGUUCUGCCGGUAUUUCAAUCCAACCAGGAGCCAGAGGGCGUCAAGAGCGAGGCCGAAGAUAAGGAAAUGAAGGAGAUAAUCAAAGAUAUUACCCCAGAAGCUGAUCUCACCGAUGCACAAGACGAGAACAUGCGAGAGCAAAUCUACUCUCCCAAGAAAAAGAGAGGCCGUGAUCAGGACGAAGACUCAAAAGACUUAGAGCGAAACGGCGAAGCCUCAGGGUCGGCAGAUGGGAGCGGCAGCAAUGGUAGCCGCUCAACAAGAGAUGGCCCAGAGAAGAAGCGCCCUCGCGACACAUCAGAGGAACACAGAAAGGCUGCUGGUGAGAAGGAAAUUGACGUAAGAGCUUUUUCGGUCCGCGUUGCUCGAUCUAUUUUCCUAAUUUUCUGUCUAGGCGAUUUCCACUCUCAGUCCCAAAGAUACCCCACCGACCACUUCUGCAGAAAGCGAGACGUCGAGACCAAACUUGGAUACUUCAAAGAAAGCCGUCUUUGGUAUCGGUGUGAAUGAUCAACGCCAAACAUCACCCACUGCCUUUGCGAGCUCAGGCUUUGCCUCCCUCGCCGCUGCCAGCACAUCUGGAUUCGGAAGCAUUGGUGCGUCAAAGCCAAGUAUAUUUGGUGCAAAGCCUGGUUUGAGUGGGUUUGGUGCCCUUGCUGCAAAGCCAGCGAGCGAUGCAAACAAGCCAGCAACACUGGGUUUUGGAGGAGCUUCAAGUUCUGGCUUUGGCGGCCUAGGAACAACCAGCGCCUUUGGCUCGGCCUUAGGGAACGGAUUCGCAGGUGGAUCGGGUCCAAAACUUGGAAGUUUUGCUGCCCCAGGAAAGGAAAAUGCUGCCCUUCCCGCGAAGCCUGCCAAAGCAUUUGGUGCCCCUGAGGUAAGCGACGAGGACAGCAGUAACGAGGACGAUAGCGAUGGACCUGUGGGAUCUGGCGAGGAAGAAAGUGGACGUACAGGUUCACAGGAGGAGAAAAAGAAGUCGAAGCCAGUAAAAGGUACGUUUUUCCACGGUAUCGAGGCCUUUCUUGUUUGCUAACAUAUUUCAUAGUCAUCGUUGAAGACGGAGAAUCUGGCGAGGCUACUCUGCUGCAAUUGCGAGCCAAACUAUUCGCCAUUGAAUCGAAAGACGCCGGAUGGAAGGAGCGUGGAGUUGGAACGUUGAAGAUCAAUGUUCCAAAAUCCUGCGUGACGCUUGAUGAUAAUGGCGUUCCUAUAUCCGGAUCUUUUGAUCUCUCUGGCAGUGAUGACGACGAGGAAGGUUCCGAAGCCCCCAAGAUUGCGCGACUCAUUAUGCGACAGGAAAACACCCAUCGUGUUAUUCUCAAUACGGUAAUUAUCAAGGCCAUGGAAUUCAAGGACAAGGCCUCAGCAAGCACUGCACAAAUCAUGUUCACCGCUUUUGAGGGUAAGCCUGAACCUAAGCCUAUAAGCAUGCUCCUUAAGGUAUGAUUCCACCACUUGCACGUUUUCGACACCAACUAACUUUGUUUUUACCAGAUGUCCGAAGCCAAUUCAAGAUUAUUCCACUCCGAGAUCUCUUCAAUUCAACAUGAACUAUAAAGAGCUAUGUGACUACAUGGCCAAUUGGAGAUUACCCUCUCUCCCCACCAACCACCCUUAAGCAAACUCGAAUCCAUGGAUUUGUCUUUAGAACUUACCUACACAACCAGUCUGUCUCCCCUCUACGAUGGGGCUAGAUGACCUACUUCUCUUUUUGUUUUCACGUUGGGUCAGCAAGGGGUUUGCGUGAUACUUUUGUGUGUUUUUUCCUUUCUGGAAGGACGGAGUUUGGCAUACCAGCAUAGCGGCGGCGGGACUUCUUUUUUAAUUUUUGCGGGGUGCUUGAUCGGGCAAAGAAAAGUACCGAACACAAGAGCAAUUCGGCGUAUCGAUUCUGGUCUUGAAUGAAUGGGAUCAGAAGGGAAGUGGGGUACAUGUAGAAUGUGGGGACUGGAUGUAGGAGUCUGAUUCAGUGGAUAAUUCCAGGAGUGCGUAUGCCUGCAAAGAUAAGGAGAUUUGCAUACAUAGAUAGGGUACAUGAAUAUGAUGACCUACUUUUUUCUUUGA